UGCUCCUCUGGAGAAGAAACGCUUUUAACUGGAUUUAACUUCUGAAAAGUCAACAUUUAAACCUGGAUUGUUUUUCCUUUAUUACACCUUUUUCUGCAUAAAUGAGCAACAACUGAAGUCUGUGAAAAUGCUGCUCCUGGUGUUGCCAUGCCUGAGGUCCGGCUGCAGGGAUGACUUCCGCUUGUCAUCUUCACUCAAGGAAGGCCUACCACGUCUGAUCAUGGUUUCCUGAGCAUCUCUUCCGCCAAAGCAUCCCAGGGAUCAUUACCCUUUUGGGCCAUGACUGCACCUCUUCCAAACACCAGCAUUCCCGGGAGCGCAUCAGCUCUACUGUUGACCUCUGACUAUCUGUUGAACCUGACUGCGGCUUCACAGGUGGGACAUGGCUCGGCCCAGUCACUCCCACCGCUCUGCACCCUCUGCUGCUGUGGAGUUCUCAACCGCAUCCUAGCUGUGGCAUUCAUGGUCACCCUGGCAUUCGCAGUUGUGAUUGGAAACGUGGUCACUCUAACAGUGUUUGUGCAAACCAGGCAGUCAAGAACACCACAAGGAUACUUAAAAGUAUCUCUGGCCGUAGCGGACAUGAUGGUGGGUGUUCUUGUGGUUCCUUUCUCUGUCUACACUGAAAUCUCCCUGAUGGUGACCAACGCUCCUCCAAUCUGGUACCAGGGUGGUACAUCUUCAUCCUUCAAUGAUCUGGGGAGCCCCUGGCAGCCCUGCAUGCUAAUAGGUCCCGUGUUUGCAGGAUGCACCUUCGUUUCCAUCAGCACCAUCUUCCUGAUGACCUUGGAGCGCAGCGUGGCCAUUCUGUGGCCGCUGCACAAGGACUCUCUGGUGACCAGAAGACGAACGCUGCUCCUCAUCCUGCUGUCUUGGGCAGCCAGCUUCCUGUUGGCUCUCGCACCUCUUAUCUUCAGCAGCAACUUUACGUUGGAGUACAAUGAGUGCAGUCGCAUGUGUAACUACGCCCCACUGUUAUUUGAAGGCCGGCUCCCGCCUGAUGCCAACAUAUUGCUGUUGUUCCCAGCAUUUGACUUCACACUUUUGGGUGGCACAUUAGCAGUCAAUAUUGUGUCCUUUACAAGCAUUCGCCAGUACACCCGGAAACGCAAACUGCUCUCAGUAGGGAGUCUGAGUGAUGGAGGGGGAGGAGGGGGAGGAUGCUCCCACAGACCAUCAUUUUCAGACAUUAAGGCUGCAAAAACUAUCGGCAUACUGACAUUCGCCUUUACAGCAUCUUUUUCUCCUAUUGCUGUGUUUGUGCUUGGAAACGUGGUGGGAUACGAGUGGUGCAACUUUUCUUUUGUUGCCUUCUGGAUUCUGACAGGAAACAGCUGCUGUAAUGUCAUCAUCUACAGCGUGAGGGACCACCGCUUCAGGAAAGGUGUGACCCUGCUUUUUCAAAGAGAGCAGUCUCCCCCUCGUGGUGAGAAGACCUGA